AUGCCACCCAAAAAGACCUCCUCGCAUCACCACAUACGACUGAAAGCGCAGGACGAGACGGAUUCUCAACCGUCAAAACGACUGAAACGUCAACGCAUGGAGCCUUUUUCUCUAUCAAAAGAAGAGGAGACAUCAAGUGGUAAGCAUGUGAUAAAGACUAUUGCAGCAGCUUGGAACUCAAACGACAGAUACCUUCGUCGAAAAAAGCGUGAACGUAUGCACGAAGUGACAGCAGCUCAGGCAGCUUUUGAACAAGUACAAGAAGAAGAGAAAACAAUGAUGAUGAGUCAACGUGAAGAAAAAAGUGACGAGGGACAGGUGACGACUGAAAAGCUUGAAGAAAACAGCUUUGUCGUUGAGCAAGACAAAGAGACUUGGAUGCAGUUGAUGCACUCACCAGUGCACUCACCAGUGCAGACAACGGGAUUGAAAGUACAUGAGUCAUUGGAUAUUGACCCAACGCCAGAAAAAAGCACGCCUGCUGUAGUCAUAGCGACCAAACCAAAGAAAAACGUGGCAAGGGGAAUCGCUCAGAGCAGUUCAUCCACAUCUACGCGAAAGCGCAUGAUUUCCUUUUCCCCUGAACGCGAACCACAAGAAGGAAACGAAGCACUGGCACUGAAAAAGCUGGAGAAGAACCUCAAGACUAAUGAAAAGUUGCAGCAACGUUUAAAGGCACCGACACCAGUGAAGUCACUUGCGCUGUCACGAAUAUCAUCUCAUGCAGAAGUAACUGAGACACAACGACCAAUUAACUUCACGAGCCCACGAGCACGACGGCCAAUGACAUUCCAGAGUCCCCAAAAACGACAUCCAAUGACGUUUACAAGCCCUUCGUCACAACGGCCGGUCUUUCGAAGCCCCUAUACUGCUGCGUCAUGCUCACUUUCACAAAGUCAAACUGACGAACUUGAUUACGAUGCGACACAGGAUGAUCAAGAGAAAGAAUUGGAUAUUUUGUCGACGGAAGCCUUGGUUUCCAACUCCGGCUUUGUCUCUGAUGCCGUAGUGAAAAGAAAAAUUGUCGAAACAGAGGAAGGUGAGGGAGUUUGUAUCGCGGAAGAUGAAGCACCUGUACAAUCACAGAAUGCGAUAAGCCUCUCGCAGGAGUCUGCUGUAUGUGCUGUCCCUGAAAAGUUUGCGUCGCUGUCUCAAGAAAGCUGUGACAGUAAUGUAUCGCAAACUGAAGCAGACGCAUCAGCAGCUCAAACAGACGUUUCUUCUAGCACGUUCACAAGCACGUCAGUGAUUGGAGACGUCGGAUUAUUUAAUUGCGAGGCGGAUGUGGAGUACACAGGUGGAGUUUAUGGCGAAGGAACAGACGGGAAAGUGAUGGCUGCUGUUAUAAAUGGGCAAAAGGUCGCACUCAAACGUGCCAAGCCGCACGACGGAUUUCCUAGUCAUGAAGCAAAGCGCCGCGCUGCACUCGAACUACAUUAUUUACGGCGAGUGCGUUACAUGAAAGGUUUUCUACAGUGUCUUGGACUGUGUGAUGCCAUCGAACACACCUGUAUCGCGCUCGAGGUGAUGGACUGCAAGCUGAGUGAUUAUCUAAGGCGAUAUGGUGUAAACUCUGGCGGGUCAAAACACCGCCGCUAUACUUUGUCGUUUGAUGACACGAAGGCGAUGCUGAAACAAAUUUGUUUGUCCAUGAUCACGCUCCAUGAAGAUAUAAAAGUUGCUCACGGCGAUUUGGCCUGUCGGAACAUUCUCAUGCGUACGCCACCAGAGGGAUACGAGCGGAGUUGGGAGCCAGACAUUAAGCUUUCAGACUUUGGCCGUAUUAAAGUACCGUCAGACGAACCUAAGAUACUCGACAACUCGUUCAGUUUUCACAAAAAUUCUGAUGUUGGUGCGUUUGGACGAGAAAUUCUGUACCGUUUGCUAGUUGGCGAGAUUGUGCCCAAAGAGUACGUAGAGACGCGGAGUUUACACAAGUUGCUGCAAGAUGUUACCGUGACACAGGUACCGCAAGCUGCUAAGGCUCGACUCGGGCCAUAUUACAGCUUAUUUAUGCGCUGCACGGCAUGGGGAGUGCGUCCAACGUUCCGCGCGAUCUAUGAACAUUUGGACGACUUGCAGUACUUCGAGACGUCUGAAAAUGGGCUCUUUCCUCUGAAACCAGCAGGGUGCACUGACUCGACUUUCAUGUCUCCCGUGGCCGAAGGUACUCGUCGCAAGACGCCGACAUCCAGUGCCUCGAGAGCACAGAAGCGCGAUACUCCAACAGGUCCCAGUCAUCGUCUCUCAGGACCAAAGUCGCGACUCUUCUCUUCCAAAAUCUUGAACGAAGCGAGUAUUUCAGGCUUGAAUAAGCCUGUAAACUGGCUAAAGACACGCUCGGUGGGUGUUCAACGAACUGUUGCGCAGCAAACGCUAACGCCGACCGCUAUGCCAAUGUUGACUAAGAGGAAAAAGACGCCACCGUCAGCUAGCGUGGGCGCCUCGCGCCGCUCUCUACAAAUUCUCAACCAGAUUCAACAUCGCACGAUUGAAAAGGGUCGCAAGUCUACUGAGUAA